AACCUGCUGCAAGUUCCAAUUUCACACCAACCAACAAACCCUCAUCUUUCGGAACUGCCAAAAUACUCACCACUUUCACUUCCUCUUUACUUCAUACCCCCUGCUAAUGUCUACACUAUAAAAAUACCACUAUUAAACUUCAUUUUUAUUGGUUGUUUUGUUGAAAGCAAAAUACCAAAGUGAAUAGAAGAAAUAAAGCUGUGAGGGAGAGCUAAGCUAAAGAUGAAUUCCUUGACCCUGAAACCCUCUUCUUUUGUAUUGCAAUCUUCUUUCACCGUCUUCUCUUCCUACGAUAAAUCUAAACAAUCCUUUCCUUCGGUUCGCUUCCCAACUAAUAUUAAAAGCAACACAAGAUUGGGUUUGAGAAUUAAAGCUUAUGAUUCUUCCAAAAGCGAUGAUGCCUCUAAGCCCAACGGUGAUUCCAAGCCUCCCAAUGGCACUCUGAAAAAUCAGCAGCCUAAGGCCAGGCGAGAUAUUCUGUUGGAGUAUGUGAAAAAUGUGCAGCCGGAGUUCAUGGAAUUGUUCGUGAAACGAGCCCCUCAACAGGUUGUUGAGGCUAUGCGGCAAACGGUGACAAACAUGAUUGGAACACUGCCCCCGCAAUUCUUUGCUGUGACAGUCACCACUGUUGCUGAAAAUCUUGCACAACUUAUGUACAGUGUUAUGAUGACUGGAUAUAUGUUUAAGAAUGCACAGUAUCGAUUGGAAUUGCAACAAAGUUUAGAGCAGGCUGCUCUUCCUGAGGUGCAAGAGAAAAAGGAUGUUCCAGAUUAUGCACCUGGUACUCAAAAGAAUGUGUCUGGUGAAGUUAUUAGGUGGAAUAAUGUUUCUGGCCCGGAGAAAAUAGAUGCUAAAAAGUACAUUGAAUUACUUGAAGCAGAGAUCGAGGAACUAAAUCGUCAAGUUGGCAGAAAUUCUGCAAAUGGUCCAAAUGAACUGUUAGAAUAUCUCAAGUCUCUUGAGCCACAAAAUUUGAAGGAGUUGACAAGUAGUGCCGGGGAGGAUGUCGUGUUUGCAAUGAAUACGUUCAUCAAGCGUCUUUUAGCUGUUUCGGAUCCUGACCAAAUGAAGAAAAGUGUAACUGAGACGAGUGCACCGGAACUAGCCAAGCUUCUUUAUUGGCUCAUGGUGGUUGGAUACAGCCUUCGGAACAUUGAAGUUCGAUUUGACAUGGAAAGGGUACUUGGCACUCCUCCAAAACUUGCCGAGUUGCCUCCAGGUGAAAAUAUUUAGGUGCUGGUGGGCAACUGCAAAUAUACUCAAUAGCAAAUUUGGAUCACAUUAACCUGCUAUUAUUUAUGUGGAGAAGCAGAGGGUUCAUUCAGAGUGAUUUACUGCUGUAGAAAACGUGGAAAUUUUGCGCUUGCCUUACAUUUUUGGCUUCUAUAGUAGCUUUAAAACUUAUUAUGAAACAAGUCUUUUCAACAGUAACUCUAACCUUUAAAUACAACUGAAUUUGGUUUUCGUCCAA